CGAAGCCCAGCCAGUGUUCUGUUUGGCUCGGUCAUCUGUUAGCAGUUCUGGAGAGCAUGGCCUGUACAAGCCAUAUCUUAUCAAAAUAUACGACUGAUAAGAAGUUGCAACAGUAAAGGUCUGAAUGCAGAACAGAAACUAAAGGCCACUUCCACUGAUUUACAUUCAAACGUGGUUCCGGACAAGGAGCUAAGGGAGGUCACUCUGAGGGUCGAACUUCAGCGCGUCUUCAACAGAAGGAAUAUGAAGGUGAUUGUGGACGUAGACACCGGUAUUGACGACGCCACGGCGUUGAUGCUGCUGCUGUCGCGGGCUGAUGUCGAGGUGUUAGCGAUCACGUGUGUCCGGGGAAAUAUUGCCCUGGACAAAGUGUGCGUCAAUACGCUCAGAGUCCUCAAGGCAUGUGGCAAGGAGAAUAUCCCUGUGUACCGAGGAGCAGAUCGACCCAUCCUAGACAACGAAAAGGAUGCGUCUCACUUCCACGGUGUGGACGGCCUGGGUGACGCCACGUGGUCCGAGUCGGUUGACAUCGCAGACCUUCAGUCAGAGCAUGCUGUCAUGGCUAUACUCAGACUCAUCAACAAACAUCCAGGGGAGAUAACUCUCAUUCCUCUGGGGCCUCUGACGAAUAUCGCUCUUGCGUUGCGCCUGGAUCCGGAUCUUGGGAAGAAACUGAAGGAGGUGUUCAUUAUGGGAGGAAAUACUGAAGCUCGUGGCAAUGUCACUGUUUCAUCUGAGUUCAACUUUUAUGUCGACCCUGAAGCCGCAUACAUUUGCCUGAGCGCGUUUAAGGCACCACUGACUAUCAUUCCGUGGGAGUCGUGCUUGGAUACACAGAGGCAAAUACCAUGGGCUGUCUAUGACAAAUGGAUCGCCCUGGGGACUCCGAAAGCGAAUUUCCUGAAGAAAAUCACCCAACAUUGGAUUGAGAAUAUCAAGGUCAGACAACAACCUGGUUUCCGGUCAUGUGACCUCUUUGCCAUGACAACGGUGCUGGACAGGGAAAGCAUACUGGACAAGGAGACUGUUCAUGCAACUGUAGAGCUACACGGACAACUGACAAGAGGCCAAAUGGUCGUUGACUGGAAGAACAGAAUGGGCAAUGAGCCAAAUGUGACGAUAGUUAAAAAGAUCUGUGUUGAGAAGGUGACCCAGUUUGUGACGGGAAUGCUUCAGUGAAAACACAGCUGGCUUCACUGGGGUGUCCGCCCACUAGUUGCACACGUCACUUCGUCACGCGUCUUAUACAUAGGACUGGGAAUGAUUGCACGGAAAUUCACCUCCUGUUAUCUGACUAUUGGAAUAUAAUGAUUCGCUCAGACCAACACGAUACACGAUUGGUUCAAACUUUUACGCUUACCAAAGGAUAGAAAUCCAAAGCAGUGCUAUAUUAUGUUGCACAAUUUAGACAAAGUUGGUAGGAAAACGGGGGUAUAUUUUGUCCGAAAUACUUUGUUCAAUUAUGGUUUUGGUUUUGUGUGGGAAGCUCAAGGAGUUGGCAACG